CUCGCGUGCGUUUUCCGGCUGUGCGUGAUAGUGAGAAAAACGAACCGGGAACAUCGACCAUGACAAUAACAAUACACCUGAUAAUCCUUUGGACUACGGUGAUCGUCGUUGCGGCUGUUCAUCGAUCAAAUGGUGUGCAAACUCAUGGCUUAAAUUUGGAUUACCGUCGGAUACACCAGGAUCAUGGCAGACGACGGCAAUCGAGGAACCUGGAAAUAUUGGGACAAAUAUCGGGUCACCAUCACGGAACGCAGUAUGCAUCGAUGUCGGAACAUUACAAAAACAAUUCGGAUUUGCCUAGGUUUGCUGAAGAAAUACAAAAUGUGACCGUAAGCAGGGGUCGAGAUGCUUUGUUGGCAUGUAUAGUGGACAAUCUACGAAAUUAUCAGGUGGCAUGGGUACGUGUCGAUACACAAACUAUCUUGUCCAUCCACCAUAAAGUCAUCACACAGAACCCACGGAUCUCGUUGACCUACAACGACCAUCGUACAUGGUACCUUCAUAUAAAGAAGGUCGAGGAAGUGGAUCGUGGAUGGUACAUGUGUCAAGUGAACACAGACCCGAUGAGAAGUCGACAGGGUUAUUUGCAAGUCGUAGUGCCACCUUCGAUUAAUACCAAAGAAACCAGCACAGAUAUGGUCGUUCGUGAGGGCUCAAAUGUGACGUUAACGUGUAAGGCUACAGGAUAUCCAGAACCUUAUGUCAUGUGGCGUAGAGAAGACGGAAAAAAUAUAAACUACAAUGGCGUAAAAGUAAACGUUGUGGACGGUGAAGUGUUGCAUAUUGUAAAGAUAAGUCGGCUGCAUAUGGGUGCAUAUUUGUGCAUCGCUUCGAAUGAUGUCCCACCACGAGUCAGCCAACGAAUAUCGCUUCGCGUGCAAUUUCCUCCCAUGCUUUCAAUACAGAACCAGCUAGUUGGAGCAUACAUCGGACAAGAUGUCACGUUGGAAUGCCAUACUGAAGCUUAUCCUAGCUCGAUCAAUUAUUGGAAGACCGAACGAGGCGACAUGAUCGUUUCUGGCAAUUACCAUUCUAUUGUAGGUGAUAAAUAUGAGGCAGUAUAUUCCGAUGAUGGCUACAACAAAUAUAUGUCGCUGAAAAUCAGAAAUGUCGGCCCGAAGGAUUUUGGUUCAUACAAAUGCGUGGCACAGAAUUCCAUUGGCGAAACGGAUGGUGAUAUUAAACUAGACGAAAUUCCAGCACCAUCGACAACGUCCACUACUCCGCCACCAUAUUACGUGACCUCAUCGAUGAAGAAAAACAGUAGAAACGGUAACAAGAAAUUACGACAACGACCUAUCGACUACGAAGUCGAGGAAUGGCGAGAUCCAGAUUACGACCGAGAUUACGGUCCACCAUCGAUGAGGCCGCCCGGUGAACUUCCGGUAGAUGCUCUAAGUCCAGGCGUGUCCCAUCGAGCUCAGCUCGUUUUUCAUCUUUUGGUGAGUCUGUUGUCACUGCUACUUCCAGCCAUCAGAAGGUGAUUCUCACGUCGCAGGAACAGUGCUUCCAGUUCUAGUGUUUAUUGGACGGUGACCAGACCGGAACCCGGUACCAGGUUCUGGUGCAUCGGUUCCGGCUGGAUAAUGGACGAGUGCGACGACUCAAGACGCGCUUGAAAUUAUUUUCAUACUAAACGUAGACGUAUACAAAGAAAGCAAAGAGGAUAUAUAUAUAAUAUAUAUAUAUAUGCAAAUAUAUUAUCCUAUUAUUUAUAUGUACCUACAGGAUGAGGCAUCCAACAUGUACGCUUAGCAUUACUUUUUAAUUAUGCAUUCUAUGCAAAAUUUUUAGAUAGAAAAAUUAUAGAUCAUCAGAGAAGACAUUAUGCAAUGUGACAAUUUUUGUGGGUGGAAAUAAUUCUGAAAUUUAAAGAUUAACUUUCCUUUUUUUUAAACAAAAUAUGAUAUUUUGUAUACUAAAUUAAAUAAUAGAAACAUGUUAUUCUUUAUUGACCUGAACUUAAGAGUUAAGUUUAGUACUUCUUUUCCUUUUUAAUUUAAGAUUAUUUUUUAAAAAGUCAUGAUAUCUUAUUGGAGUAAUCGUUUUUGUCACGCCACUUUUCAAAUAUACAAAUCAGGGGAAAAUAUUGAAAUUUAAAACAUUAAUUAAGAAGACAUAAUACUAUAGACACCCAAUUAGUUUAUACACUUAAUAUAAUUAAUUUUUAAAAAAUCGUAUAAUAAUUGCAAAAGUUUUAU